ACAUGUAUAAAAGAAAAAGAUUAGCCUCUGGAUUUGCAUCUUUGUCCCAGCUUUACUUUGUCCGAGGGGAGAAGAGGAGGGUCAUUUCACAAUUAAUCAUCUCAUCAAGGGGGCUCUGAGAUCUCUUGCUGGAUUGUAAGGAGUACCUCUUCCCCUUCACAAAUUCCAGCGACGACGAGCAAACUAAUUAAGGCAUGGAAGAGCAGAGGAGGGAGAUGAGCAUGGAAAGGUGUUGCCCGCAACCGCCCCCGUUGCUCGGUUUAACAACCAGCAGCAAGCAUGUUGAGCCGAAAAUGUCCCACGGCAGACGCUCCGCCGCCUCCGGGAACUCGAACGCUGAUCUACUAGAAAGGCUUUUUUCCGACGGCUAUCGAGCUGAUGUUUCGGUCUACACCAAUGAUGGAAUCGUCCCUGCCCAUGCCAGCAUUCUUGGCAUAGUUUCGCCGGUGCUGAAGAGCAUGCUGAGGCAAUCCAAGAGGCGAGGCCGGAGGGCCAUCUCCGUCCGAGGCGUUCCUCACCGUGCAGUCCUCGUCUUCCUUCGCUUCCUCUACACGUCGAGCUACGAGCAAGAAGAGAUGGACCAGUUCGUGCUUCACCUGCUGGUGCUGGCGCAUGUGUUCAUGAUCCCCUCUUUGAAGGAGGAAUGCGCCAAGCAACUGGAGCAGGGCCUCCUCACAGCAGAGAACGCGGUGGACGCGCUGCAGCUCGCGCGGCUUUGCGACGCGCCUCGCCUCUCCCUUCUCUGCCAACGGUUGAUCGUCAAGAACUUCAAGCAGGUGUCCGCUUCCGGCGGGUGGAAGGUGAUGAGGGAGAGUGAUCACAAGCUCGCAAAUGAGCUGCUCGACUCCGUGAAGGCUGCGGAUACGAGGAAGUCGGAGACAUUGAGGAUAUUAGAGGAGAGGAAGAUUUACCAGCAGCUGGACGAGGCAAUGGAUGCCCUUGUUCAUAUAUGCACAGAUGGAUGCCGGACGAUCGGCCCUCACGGCAAGGUUCUGAGGCAGAACGCGGAGCCGUGCAUAUUCCCGGCGUGCAGAGGAUUGGAAGCCUUAGUCCGCCAUUUCGCCGGCUGCAAGAACCGAGUUCUUGGCGGAUGCACCCACUGCAAGAGAAUGUGGCAGCUGCUUGAGCUCCAUUCUCGGCUGUGUUUUCUUGGUGACGGCUGUAAAGUCCCUCUUUGCAGGAAUUUUAAGGAGAAGUUGAAGCAUCAGAGCAAGAAGGACGAGCUGAAAUGGAAGUUGUUGGUGAACAAGGUUAUAGAGGUGAGGAGCUUCUCCGGGACACAAGCGCACUCACCCACGGUGGUUCUCUGACAGUGGCUGUUUUCGUUGUUCCUUGUCACCAUUGGAAUGUAAU